AUGUGCCACUUUCAGGUCUCCUCACACUGCUGGUGGGUUCCAUUUUGUCAUAGGGUGCUGGCAGAUUACGGGCCUCCCAUUGCUGCUGCCAGGCCCGUAAUCUGUCAUGGGCCCCUGUACCGCCUCCUCAUGCUGCUGCCAGGCCCGUAAUCUGCCAUGGGCCCCCGUACCGACUCCUCAUGCUGCUGCCAGGCCCGUAAUCUGUCAUGGGCCCCUGUACCGCCUCCUCAUGCUGCUGCCAGGUCCAGAGUGUGUCAUGGGUCCCUGUACGGCCUCCCAUUGCUGCUGUCUCCAUCGCCACACUCUGCCAUGUGCCACUUUCAGGUCUCCUCACACUGCUGGUGGGUUCCAUUUUGUCAUAGGGUGCUGGCAGAUUACGGGCCUCCCAUUGCUGCUGCCAGGCCCGUAAUCUGCCAUGGGCCCCCGUACCGACUCCUCAUGCUGCUGCCAGGCCCGUAAUCUGUCAUGGGCCCCUGUACCGCCUCCUCAUGCUGCUGCCAGGCCCGUAAUCUGCCAUGGGCCCCCGUACCGACUCCUCAUGCUGCUGCCAGGCCCGUAAUCUGUCAUGGGCCCCUGUACCGCCUCCUCAUGCUGCUGCCAGGUCCAGAGUGUGUCAUGGGUCCCUGUACGGCCUCCCAUUGCUGCUGUCUCCAUCGCCACACUCUGCCAUGUGCCACUUUCAGGUCUCCUCACACUGCUGGUGGGUUCCAUUUUGUCAUAGGGUGCUGUAUGGCCUCCCAUUGCUGCUGCCUCUACCGCCACACUGUGGCUCCACACUCUGGUUUUGGCCCCGUGACUGCCCAAAUGAGUGAAGUGUGCGGUGAUUCUAAGAUCGACGGCACUCAUCUGCAUGUCAUACUGACUGACAGUAUUAUUUCUCUUCCCCAGCAGACUCCAAGGGCAUUUAAAUUAAAGGUACAGUGUUCUGCACUAAUAUAA